AUGACACUAAGCGUGCAACGUGCGGCAUCAUUCGCAAGUGUCGGUCAUCGCUUCAUUGUGAAAUCCCAUGAGGUGCAAGUGCUAAGAGCUCAGUUGGUGAUAGAACGGAAUUUGGUUGAAGAUUGUCAGCGUACUAUAAGGAGAUUGAAAAGGGAAAGGGCAAAGACGUUGGAGACACAACACCAGCUUGAAAUAUUGCAUGAAGAGAAUCAAAAGCUAUCCAAAAUGGUAGAUUUUUACUCUAAGGACAUGCAAAAGCAACUGAAGGCCUUGGAUCGACCGGGUAAAAGUGCACAAUGA